UCUGUACAGGAAAUAAUCACCCAGUUGUGCGUAAACGCAUGUUGGGGAAACUCGUGGGCUCUUAUUGCUCCGAAUGUGUUGAGUUUAUCGUUUAUUUAAGAUUUUGUAUUGAUAUUAGUCCAUCUGUUUUUCUAACUGAGGUAGUCUCUGUUAUAAGGAGCCAAGGGAAGCAUGGUUCGAGCAAGAAGGACUGUGCGCAGGCCAAAACGAAAGCAGGUGGAAGAGUAUGACAGCGAUGAUCCUGCCUGCUAUAAGGAUGAAGCAAUCCCAGAUAAGAAAUCAUCAAAGUAUGUGGAGGAUGAAAUAGAGGAGUUCCACAGCAAAAAGAUGGAAAAACUUUUGGCUCAUGGGGUACAGAGGGGCAGCAAUCGGGAGGAUGAUGCAGACGAGGAAGAAGUAAUGCCCCUGUCACUUCAAGAUUCAGAUGAUGAUGACGAGGAGGAGGAGGAGGAAGAGGAGGGUGAUGGAGAAGAGACUGACAUGGAGAGUGACAUAGAAGGGAGAAAAGAUGAUGAUCUGCCAAAUGACAUGGCCUGGGGGAGCAAGAAGAAAAUAUUCUAUGAUUCUGACUACACUGCUGCAAAGGGAAAAUCAUUAGAGGAGGUCGAGGCAGAGGAUAAGGAAGAGGAGGAGGAAGCCAAGAACAUUCAGAGACGACUAGCAGCCAACUUGAGUGAGGAAGACUAUGAUCUAGACCUGCUCCAAGAGUUUGCAGUAGAGGCAGAAGCUGAGAAAACUGAAAAGACCAGAGGGAAAGAGCAGAGGAUUGAAAAAGACCUAAACACAAUGUCACAGAAGGAAAAGCUUAAACUGCUUAAGAAGGAAUCUCCAGAGUUACUGGAGCUCAUUCAUGACUUCAAGGCUAAGCUGACCGAACUGAGAGAUGAGAUACAGCCACUUGUACAGAUGAUAAAAGAUGGAAAGAUUCCAGCAGGAAAGGGGGCAAAUUACCUUAUAACUAAGCAGCAGCUUUAUCUCAAUUAUUGCACCAACAUAAGCUUUUACCUGGUUUUAAAAGCCAAGAGAAUUCCAGCACAUAACCAUCCAGUGAUUGAGAGACUGGUGACCUACAGAAACUUAAUAAAUGAACUGGGGGCUGUUGAUGCUAAACUUGCGCCUCAACUGCGACAGCUGCUUUCUGGAAACGUGCAAGAGAGAGCAGCUAAAAAAUCAGUGAACAGCAAACAGGCCAACAAGGCCAAGGUAUCAGAGAUCACUGGUGUAGAGGAGGCAGAAGAGUCAGAUAUGGAUGAUGAUGCAGCCCUGCUCUUCUAUAAAGGCAUUGAGGAAAGGAUGAAACUAAAGAGAAAAAACAGGGAACUGCAGGAGGAUGGGUUAAUGAUGGACAAGGAGGACUUGGAGGAACAAGAGUUGGACAGAGAUGCUAAACGAGGCAUUACUUACCAGAUGGCCAAGAAUAAAGGACUCACUCCGAAGAGAAAGAAGAUCGACCGGAAUCCACGAGUCAAACACAGAGAAAAGUUCAGGCGUGCUAACAUUCGCAGGAAGGGACAGGUUCUUGAAGUUCGGCGUGAAGAAACAAGAUACAGCGGAGAACUGUCUGGAAUUCGUGCUGGAGUUAAGAAGAGUAUUAAACUCAAGUAAUCUGUUUAGUUCCUGCAACCGAUUAAAGUGCAAAAUGUUUUUUGUUGUUGAGUUAAAGGGGAAUUCCACCAAUUUUUGUCUGAUGUGGUCUGAUGUGAAAUGUGCCAUUCUAGAGAAAAUUGCUGUCAGAAUUGUUUACAGUAGUGAUGAUGGGAACCAGCCAUCUGAAGCAUUUAAUGCUUCUAAAAGAAAUUAUUACAUGAAAUGGUUACAAAUGCACUGCCUGAUUCCUAAGACAUAAUUUUACAUUAGUUUGAAAUUCUUUUGAAAAUGCAUUAUUGGAAAUCCAUUCAUGGUGGUACCAUGGUACAAUCAAGGCACUGAAAAAUAUUACCAAAUAUACCUUUUCAAAUUUACCACUAUUUUACAAUUAAACAUUUAAUUAUCAAUUUCCUGAAAACAUCUGUAGGUUCACUUGAAAAUAAAAUUGCUGUAUGUGCAUUGUAGACGUCACAACCCCUGGUUACUAUGACCACCACUGUAA